UAGUUUCAACAAGCGGGUUUGUUGCAAAAUCUUUUUCUCGGAAUUGGCGAUCAUAUCAAUCGAUUAGCUCACUAACCCCUAAAUAUGCAAUCACAGCAUUUGUAGCCUAUUAAAAGUGCCCGCAUUGAUGAAUAUCAGUCAGUAUUUCUUCCAGAAACCCUGCGACACACGAUGGACGAGAACAAGUGGUACCUCGAAAGGCUGGGCAGAUGGGCUGAGCUGAUACCGCUGAAGGAAGGCGAGAACAUAUUCGGCAGAGCCAUUGGCUCGGAUAUUCACACAAUCUCGUCAUUUGCGUCUCGCAAGCACUGCAUUCUCACGUUGCGAGAAAAUUUGCUCGGAAUAGAAGAUCUAAAUUCCCUAAACGGCACCUUCGUGAACGGCGAAGUGGUGAAAGACGCGUCUUGCGAGGUGAAGCUGUGGGACAUCAUUGCAAUUGGUGGAAACAUGGAUCUGACGGAUGCGCGGAAUCAUCAAGAGGCUUAUGUGUUCAAGGUGAAGAGAGGAAGCAUGGAACCGCCCAGAAUCGAUCCAGAUCCAGUGAUUAUCGAUUGUGACGCGAUCGACGAUGAGAAUAAGUAUUCUCUCCACAUUCUGUCCCAAAUGGCGGACGAUGUGCAGGAGAUUCACACAAGUCAGGCGCAGGAAGAGAUGGAUUUGAGUGUUGUGGAACCGCCGAAAUCGAUCUCGCCCGCGGUCAUUGAUUUGAUAUCGGACGACGACGAGGACGAAGUGGAAACCAAUGUGGAUCAGUGGUUGUCGAAGCUGUCUCAGAGUCAGCACAAGGAAGUGCUGGUGAAGACAAAGAAGACAUCCUCAGACUACGGAUAUAAGCUGAAGGAUGCUAUGGUUGUUCUCAGUCCGUUGAGAAUGCCGAGCAGCCCGAAGGAUCACGAGAAAGUGAGUGAGGAAGAAGAUGUUGAGAUGCUAGAGACUUCGGCUCCUGUGCUUCAGUUGGAAUGUGAAGAUGAAGUGGACAAAGUUGAGGAAAAACAAGAAGCUGUGCCUGAGAAGCCAAAGAUUAAAGCUAAGACGGUCGAAAAAGAGCAUGAUGCAUCCAAAGAGUCAAAGGACAGGGAGGACUCAAAUCGCGGGAGGAAACGCAGGAGACACAAGACGAAUAGGGAUAAGGAAGAGAGCAAAGACAAGUAUAAGGAACAGAGCAGGGAUAUGGAAAAGGAAGAGAGCAGGAAAACAGAGAAGGAAAAGAGGCUGAAAAUCGAUCUGUUUGAUUUUCCCAAGAAACACGUGAGUGAGAAAAAAGAAGAUCCAACGCUGAAAGAAAAGCAAAAAGAAACAACGAUGCCGAAAGAGGCCAAAAAGUGUGAACCGUCAACAUCGUCGGCUGGCAAUAAGGAGGAAUUACUGAGGAAGAGGAAUGCAGUGAUGAGGAGAUUGCCGGAAAUCAUUGAGGCGCCUGUGAAGCCACGAAAAAGGGCGCAUCUUCGUGGAUUCUGUGCCAGCGAAAUGGGCAAGUCGACGAAGAAAGUGUCUCUGAAGACUGUGCGCAACCAGUUUGUCACGCAAACGACGAGGGCGGAUGUGAGGGCAAUUGUGCGCACGAAGGAGAUCAAGGAGAUCCGGAAGGAGAAGCUGAAGGAAGUGACGGCGAGUAAGGUGACAAUUGGGGCUGAAAAGGCCAUCAUGACGAGCGCCCCAGCGAAGAUUAAGUUGACGACGGAAAAUCGCGGUAACUUCCUCACAGAAGCCCUGCCAAAGAGGCCAAUUCCCAGUCGCAGGAAGAGCUUCGACGCCUCGAUGGAGGCUCUCGAAAAGUCGAAUAAAUUGCCGUUACGCAUGGUGCUGAGGCGCAAGAGUGUGGACUGUCGAGUGGAUGUCGAUUACACGCCAAGUGUGGAAUCGUGGUCUGCUGAACUGGUUUCGCAGAUUCCCACUCCUUCUCCUCUUCGUCACAAUGUGUAUAGCAGAGAGAAGAAGAGGAUCGCUCACAAUUUGCAGCCCAAGGAAGUGGUGCUCCCCGAAAUCCCUCCGUUUGUGCCUUUGUUGCCAUUCAAGCCACAAGAAGUGGAAAAAACAACCAAGAUUUCCUUCGCAGAACCUCUGGUGGAGAUCUUUGAAUUCUGCCCAUCGCCAACUUGCGCGGACGAGCCUGAAGAUGAUGUUUGCCACACAGUGGCGGACGUGAUAAAUGAGGUGACAAAGUGGAAUCCCGAAUGGCUGUAUGAUCCUUCGUGCCAGCGCAUCAACAAGUCAAAGGCUUUGUCGCAGCCGCUGAAAUCGGUCACGAACACCUUCAAUUCCUACUCCAGCUACAUCACCACGAUUGUUCCUCUGAUGCUUCUGGAUUUGUGGGCGGUUUUGGUGAAUGAGAACUUCCUGCACAAGGCCAAAGAGAAGAUUCUGCUGCAAUUUGAGUCGUGUUCUCAAGAAGACCAGAAAUUUAUCAUCCAAGCUUCGAUGAUUCCUGUCUCGAGGCCUUGUUCACUGAGAGUUGGUGAUUUGGUGAAGGCUCUUUAUCAGACGCCACAAUCGCACACGCACUUCAUGUAUGUGCGCUAUGUGGACGCGAAUGCAUCGAGAAUUUUGUUUGAGAGUGGAUUUUGCUUCUUCAGCGAGGCUCAUGAGCAGAAAGUCCUGAUUAGUAUUCACAAAGUCGCAAACAUAUUGAAUUACUGCAGAGCCUUCGAUAGACUCUUCAAGCUCCAGCAUUCGCCGAUGUGCAACAUGAUUCUGGAUCCCAACAGGAUGGAGAGAGAUCUGUAUCAGUUGAAGGAGGCUUUCUCGUACUGUGGGCAGGAAUCGCUUAAUGGCGAGCAGAUGAAGGCACUCGAGGAGGUGUACACACAGUGCAUGAAUCCGCGUGGGACCAUCAAUCUGAUCCAAGGACCGCCAGGCACGGGAAAGACACGCGUCGUUGUCAAUCUUGUGGUACAAUUGCUGUUGCACAAGCCGCAGAAGCUCUUCUCUGACUUGAAAAUCCUCAUCUGUGCACAGAGCAAUGCUGCGGUGAAUUUGCUGACGCAGAAACUGGGCUCAUUGAGGGAUCUCAUGAGUGAGAAUGAGAAGAGAAAGAUGCGCAUUGUGCGAUUUGGCGUCGAGGAGAAGAUGGAUUACGCAGCUCAGCAUUAUUCACUGGAGACGCUGGCGAAUUGCUACAAGCGCAGUCUGAUCAAGACCAGAAAAGAUCAGAACUGUGUAAAGACGUAUGAAGGAAAGAUCAAAAAUAUGGAGAUUGAAGUGAAGAGAAUGGAAGUGACAAAUCCAUUUUCGAAGACGCCAGGAAGAGAGGCAAAGAUUGCGUAUUUGCAGAGGAAAAUCAACGAAAUGAGGAAGUUCCUGGCCGGCGAGGAGUUCGGCAUGACGUUCAUCAAUGAGUCAAUGCUGGCAAAUGCGAAUGUCGUGUGCACAACUUUGAGCAGUUGCUGCAAUCUGCUCAAAUACGGCGUUGAAUCAUUUGAUAUUUGCAUCGUUGACGAGGCCACAGACACAACUGAGCCGAACACUUUGGCUCCACUGCAGUUUGGCGUGUCAUCGUUGGUCCUUGUCGGAGAUCCGCUUCAACUGCCCGCCACUGUGCUUUCGCCGGAAGCGAAACAACAUGGUCUCAGUCGCUCGCUGUUCCAGCGCCUCAGCACCAUUGACUCCAUUCCCAUCAAGCACUUGACUGAACAGUACAGAAUGCAUCCAGAAAUCUGCCAAUUCCCAAAUGAUUUAUUCUACGACAAGCAGCUCAAGACGAAUGACGCGGUGAUUGACAGCAAUUUCCCGUGGAAGGCGUACAAUGUGUUCAGCUUGGAUUACACUGUGCCGGAUUUGCUGAGCCACGUCAGGGCCUCAAUAUCGCAGGAGUUGAGUUUUGUGAGCUGUCUGUUGACGGUGUUGAUGACUAGAGCGCCAACAAGUCAGUACUCUUACGGCAUCAUCACGACACAUUCGGAGCAAAAGAACACCUUCAUCAAACACUUGAACCCAAUUGUCAAGAAUCUGAUGGUGAGCACUGUUGACGACUAUCAAGGACUGGAGCGGGAUAUCAUUAUCAUUUCGCUGGCGAAGACGGGAAGUGUUGGAUUCUUGGCAAACUCAAUGAGAUUGAACGUGGCUCUGACCAGAGCCAAGAAGGCAUUCUUCGUGUGCGGCAAUUUUCUCAGCAUCAAAAAGAAUGACAUUUGGACCAAGUUUAUUCUCGAUGCCAAGAAGAGAAAUUGCUUCCAACAGAUAAAGUCAUUCAACGAGAGUAUUCUGCAGAGUUACAUUAUGAAGUAAGAAUGUGUUUAUAAAAUGAAGAAAAUGCAAUUAUUUUUCAUUAUCUUUCUACUAAACUCACUUUCAUUAACAUGCUACCAAAAAAUCAACCACUGAAGUUA